ACAACAGUGUACGCCUGGGUAGAGUCUCUAUACUAAAUUUAGGCAACCUCGGAAUUACAUCCGCUAUGUUCCGUCUCAUGCUUAACCGUUUGCCACUUUGACCGAACCGCUCUGUACCGAGUGCGACGACUUUGUUUUUCCCCCCCUCCAUAGGCAAUAUCGAAAAACACUAUGGUCGAGCAGUCGGAUCGCGCUCCGCUGCUGGACUGGGAGGAGGUUCCCCCGGCCGAACUUGGCCCAUCUGUUCCGUCACCGGAGAUAGAAGAUUCAUUGCAGUCCGGUGUGUCGAGUUACCCGGCCCAGGGCGGCGUAGGGGUAGAUAUUUCCUCGAGCACAAGCCUGGCGAGACCGAAUAGAAUAACAGCUGUUAUUGAAAGUGCGCAUUCCCCCUAUAAACAGAGCUACCCGGGAGAAGAUGACUUUGCCACGGAUGAGGAGGGAGACUGCGCCUUUCAUGGAUUGUCAGUCAGAGACAGGAUCACUGGAUGGGAGGAAAAAGAUCAAAUUGUUGCCGUGUUUGUUGUGACUUUCGACACGAGAUCGGGGAACAUGAUAGAAUGGUGCCUACCUCAAGAUAUGAACCUGGAAGGAGUCGAAUUCAAGUCCAUGGCCAGUGGCUCUCAUCGGAUCUCAAGUGACUUCAUAUAUUUCCGUAAAGGCUGUUACUUCGGACUAGCGUGCUUUGCCAACAUGCCUGUGGAAAGUGAGCUGGAACGAGGGGCUCGGAUGAAGUCUGUAGGGAUUUUGUCUCCUUCAUACACACUUUUGUACCGUCACAUGCACUUCCUGGAGAACCAGGUCCGGCACCAGCUGCAGUGUCCAGGACAGUACUCUCCACUGGAAGCUUUCUAUGAGGAUAAAAAGGCAGUGUUGCCCCCAGGAGGGAAUGGUUUGGUCACGGCUUGCCCGACUAGCUCUCUUGGGCCCAUAGUCAACUGCUGCAUGCAUCCAGAGAUGAAGAUCACACACCCGGCUGGCUGCAUGUCCCAGUUCAUCCGCUUCUUUGGAGAACAGAUCAUGGUGCUGUGGAAGUUUUCUUUGCUCAGGAAACGCAUCCUCAUUUUCUCUCCUCCCCCUGUCGGCGUAGUCUGCUAUCGGGUGUACUGUUGCUGCUGCCUUGCUAAUGUGUCCAUUCCUGGGAUGGGUGCCUCGGUUCCGGAGUUCCGCCCCUUCUUCUACAUCAAUGUGGCUGACAUUGCAGCUCUUGAGACAGAGCUAUCUUAUGUGGCCUGUACAACAGAGAAGAUCUUUGAGGAAAAGAAGGAGCUAUAUGAUGUCUACGUUGAUAACCAGAAUGUAAAGACACACAGAGAGAGCCUUCAACCUCUGCUUCGACUCAACAGUGCGGAUAGAGAGAAGUAUCGCAAACUCUGUGAGCAGAGGCAGUUGCUGCUGUACUCUCAGGAAGUGGAUGGAGACUGCAAAUCUAACGAGGAGGACCUCUUCAUUCUGUUCUUCAUAGAGCAAAACAACCGAAUAUUCCAGACCCUGUCUGAGGUGGCGGGAAGCUCUGAGCCAAUCCUGACCGCUGAGCAUGUGCGAGCCAUGGGGCUGGAUCCUCACGGCGACCGCGGGUUUCUCGUCGACCUGCUGGAGGUCUACGGCAUCGACGUAAUGCUGGUUAUCGACAACCCCUGCUGCCCGUAAGACUUUCUGUCUCUGCCACCCCCCCCCCCCCCCUCUCUCUGGAGCCCAUUUUCUAUUGGGGCUAAAUCACACUGCCUGACUACCUGCAUUUUUUCCUCUUUCUCUGGCUUGGCUAUCUCAGCAGUCAUUCUUGACCCCUCUGGACUACACUGCCAACACCAACAAUGCCCAUGCAAUCUGCCUGCAGGCUUUUUAUGCACUCUGCAGCCUGUCAGUCCAGUGAAGUCGUUCCACUUAUCUGUCUGUGUGUUUUGUAUCCUUCUAGCCUGGAUUUCCUCACAAAUCUGCCUAAUAUUUUAUCCACAAUGUGAUGAAACUAAUCUCUGUGCCUCUGUACUACUUUUCAAUGUGUGGUCUUCAGUUGUGACUUUCUUCUUCUAGCCAGUGCUGUCUUGGGUAACUGAAGUGAUUUCCCCAGUGGUUAUAAAUCUGCUUCAUAUGGACCCCAGAGAAUCAGUGACAUCUUCAGUCCACCAAGACCAAUCCUGGAUUCACCUUUUUCUUGCUGGUAACAAUGGUUAAUUGUUAUGGUUGUUGCCAAUUACACUACUGUGAUGAAAAAAAAAAAAAAAAAAAAACAGGUAUCUGUCAGUGUUUCUCUUGUUUUGCUCCUGCAAUGAGGUUUGAUCUCGUAUACAUGAACAAAUAAACACAAUCAGUUUUGAUACAUAAAACACUGUAUUUUGGCACAGAGUGCUUGUGGAUUGUUUAAAGACAAAUGAAUGAGAAAUUUCUCUGUCAAUAUAAUUUCUGUUUCCAAGUGUUAUUUGAUGACUGACUCUUGAUACUCCUUAUUUGACAAAAUAGACAAUGCUGUCUACCCUCAUUAACUGUAAUAACACUGAAUGGGCCUUGUUGUAUUACAAACAAU